AUUUGACGGUGCUAGCGCACUCAAUCUGGCAACCGAGAGUGUUGAGAAGGUUUUUCCCAGAGCGCGCAAAAACCGACAGGUAGCACCACUGCGUGUGCAUGGACAUAGAAAUGCGGGGAACAUGCAAAACGACAAAAUAUGGAAGAAGAAGGAUUUAAUCACGUCAUUAAAUCUAGAAUCUGACAUAACCGAUAUUGAAUUGGAAAUUGAUAAGGCAG